CCGGUUAAAAAUGUCUGACGAAGUGGCCAAGGCUCAGGCAGCCGAUGCCGCAGCAAACGACACCAUCUUCGGUAAGAUUCUGCGCAACGAAAUUCCGGCCAAGUUUAUCUAUGAGGAUGAUAAGUGCGUUGCCUUUAAUGAUGUUGCACCGCAAGCCCCAGUGCACUUCCUCGUAAUCCCGCGGAAGACUAUUCCUCAACUUUCAAAAGCGUCGGAAGACGAUACGGCGCUUUUGGGGCAUCUCAUGAUGGUCGGUAAGAAAGUGGCAGCCGAACAAGGACUAGAAGAAGGUUUUCGUGUCGUUAUCAAUGAUGGUAAAAACGGCGCCCAGUCGGUAUACCAUCUUCACCUGCAUUUCCUAGGAGGGCGUCAAAUGCAAUGGCCUCCUGGCUAAUCAGUCGGAUUACGUGGGUUUUACGGUCUUAUCGGAUGAGAAAAUAAAGCAGCGCCUAGCGCUAG